UUUGUUCAGCAUGGACUCUAUGUCCUUUUUUUCUUUUGUUUUUUUAAUUUAGAUUUUAAAAUCUCAUUAAAUUGAAUUAUUAGAUGCUGAUGGCAAAUUCCAUAAAGGUGCUUCAUAAAUCCAGUGACUGGUUGGCCAGGACCUCGAGAGCGAGAGAGACACAGUCAGAUCAGAGAGUGUUACUGGGGUCUCACCAACGGCCUGCUGGGAAACUCGUGACGCAGGAUCGUUUGGAGUAUAAAGAGGGGUUCGGAGAGUAAUACAGGGAGUGUGUUGUGUAUUACAGAGUCCCGUAUUCACUGCACAUCCAGAGCUGAGGACGUUCGUACAGACACAGUGCAGAGAUUUUCCUUCUGGGAACUGUGGAGACUACUAGAAAUGCUUCUGCUUGCAGUGAUACUCCUGUUAUCAGUUAGACUUGGUGAGAGCAAUCCCACAAGAGAGUACACUGAAGAUGAGACUCCAGAGGAUCGAGUGCUUGAAGUUUUGCAGAGAAUCGCUGCACGGCCCACACACAAACCUCUGGCGUCCAAACACUCGUCUCACCUCUUCAUGGACAUGUCCGACCCAUGGCUAAAGCCACGAUUUCCCAGCAGUUCAUGGUGGUGGUACAUUGAAAAGCCUCAUGCUGAAACCAAGAGGAGGCAGAAUCUAGCCUCAUAUAAUCUGAAUUCAUUUGGCCUUCGCUAUGGGAAGUGAGAUCAGGCCAUGGAUACAGCAGGGAUUCUGCUUACAAAUAUUAAACUGUUAUAUCAUUGUUUUCUGAUGCAUCCUUAAUUAUAUUAGGCUUAAAAAAUGUGCACAA